AUGGUAAUGAUAAAUAUACGUUUGAUUUUUGUUGCAACAUUUGUUACUGAAUACUUAGAGACUGAUGCUGAGUAUUCUAUGCUGGAGUGGACAUACGCUAAAAAAUACGCAUUCGUCGGCACAAAUUUCACCAAUGAAAUAUCUGCGAGGAAGGCUAUUACUGCAAUUUUCUGUGCGAGCUUUUGUAGUAAAAUAAUGUCAUGCACUGGAUUCCUGUUCAGUAAAGAUUUUCGAACUUGUCGUUUCUUGAGUAAAUUUUUAACAGCUGCUAACAAUUCACAGCUAACCAAGCAAAAAUGGAUCUACUUUGAGAGGAACAAAGAGGAAGUAGAUUGUCCGGAUGUUUGGAAGGAAAACCAGCGAUCUAUGUACUGCUUUGUUCAUCAGAAAGUAAACUGGACUUCUGCUCAGCAAAAAUGUUCAACAAUGGGAGCUUAUCUGGUGGCCAUAGAAUCUGAACAAGAAGAUGCGUGGAUAAAUCAACAAAUAUUGCUUUACAGGGAAAAAGGUAUUGUUAAAUCACUGUCGU